AUGAUUGUUUGCGAUGAUGACGAUGAAAACGGUCCUGAUGGCAAUAUUUUACCAGACGGUUUACAAGAGCUCACUAGUCGUUACGCAGGAAAAACGUUUACGUAUUCGACACUUUCAUCGAUAAUAACUAAUGCGAAUAUAGAAGAAAAUCUAUGUAGAUUUCGAUUUACCCCACGAAUGAUCGACUAUUGUAAUGAUCAAUUGUUAAUUGGUGAAUUAACUCAAUUGAGAACCAUUCUUGGCGUACACAUGAUUUUUUAUGAUCAAUACAAUAAUAUUGCGCUCGAUGAUGAUGGAAAUCCCAUACGAUACACAUCGUACCUUCAUGAUUUUGGACAUGUAUUGAAUAUCAUACAUAAGAGAUCUUCCUUUCUCUAUAUACAAUGUCUCUUGUAUUUGCGACCAAACUCAGGCUUUUCCCUAAAUCAUCUUUUCUUUCACUUCCCACACUCAUCAUCGACACUACCACCGAGUAGGAAGGGUACAAUCAUAGGUUCAACAGCGUUCUCAAUUCAUUCCAACAUACAAAUAUACAAUGUCUCUAUUCCAUGUCCCUAUCAUGGCACUUGUAUGUGGUUAUUGGAUAAUCAUAUUAUCGUUCCCCAACCAAACAUUUCUGUAACCUUGAUAUUCCAUCCAGAAGAUAUUGGCAAUCGAACCUUAUCGUAUGUAACUUAUACUGCCAAUAAACCAAUCAUUUUAGCAUCGCUUGCACUUUACAUCUCACCUGACACUAUAGCAAACAUACAAACUACAACUACCGCAAUCACUCCAACUACUACUACAGCAACCACAUCCAUCAGUGAUCAGACGGUCACAUCGCCGGCCACAAUGUCUACGGUAAAUUCAACUGCCACAACUGCCACAACAUCUACCGCAGUCACAGCUACCACCACAUCAGAUACAAUAUCUACGGCAGAGACAGCUACCACCACAACGGAUAUAACGUCUAGCGCAGACACAGCUAGCACCACAUCGGAUAUAACGUCUACGCUAGACUCAACUGGCACAUGGGAUACAACAUCUACGGUAGACUCAACCACCACAUCGGAUACAACAUCUACGCUAGACUCAACUGCCACAUGGGAUACAAUAUCUACGGUAGAGUCAACUGUCACAACUGACACAACAUCUACCGCAGACACAGCUACCACCACAUCGGAUACAACGUCUGCCGCAGAGACAGUUACCACCACAUCGGAUACAACAUCUACGCUAGACUCAACUGCCACAGCGGAUAAAACGUCUACGGUAGAGUCAACCACCACAUCUGAUCACACAACCCGCACACCGGAUAUAAUGUCUACGGUAGACUCAACUGCCGCAGACACACCUACCACCACAUCGGACAUAACAUCCACGGUAGACUCAACUACCACAUCCGCAACAGCAACUACCGCAAACACAGCUACCACCACAUCGGAUACAACAUCUACGGCAGACACAGUUACCACUACAUCCGAUAUAAUGUCUAUGGUAAACUCAACUGCCACAUCGGAUACAACAUCUACCAUAGGCUCAACGACCACAUCGGAUGCAACAUCUACGGCAGGCUCAACUGUCACAUCUGACACAACAUCGGAUACAACGUCUACGGUAGAGUCAACCACUACAUCUGACCACACAACCACCACAUCGGAUACAACAUCUACCACAGACACAGUUUCCACAACAUCGGAUACAACGUCUAUGGUAGACUCAACUACCGCAUCUGACCACACAAUCACCACAUCGGACAUAACAUCCACGGUAGACUCAACUAUCACAUCUGACACAACAUCUACGGCAGACACAGUUACCACUACAUCGGAUAUAAUGUCUACGGGAGACUCAACUGCCACAUCGGAUACAACAUCUACGGCAGGCUCAACUGCCACAUCUGACACAACAUCUACCGCAGACACAGUUACCACAACAUCAGAUAUAACGUCUACGGGAGACUCGACUGCUACAUCGGACCACACAAGCAGCACAUCGGAUACAACGUCUGCCGCAGAGACAGUUACCACCACAUCGGAUACAACGUCUGCCGCAGAGACAGUUACCACCACAUCGGAUACAACGUCUGCCGCAGAGACAGUUACCACCACAUCGGAUACAACAUCUACGCUAGACUCAACUGCCACAGCGGAUAAAACGUCUACGGUAGAGUCAAUCAUCACAUCUGACCACACAAACAGCGCACCGGAUAUAAUGUCUACGGUAGACUCAACUGCCACAUCGGGUACAACAUCUACGAUAGGCUCAACGACCACAUCGGAUAUCACAUCCACGGUAGACUCAACUACCGCAUCUGACCACACAACGACCACAUCGGAUACAGCAUCUACGGCAGACUCAACUACCACAACUGACACAAUAUCUACCGUAGACAAAGUUCCUACAACAUCGGAUACAACGUCUACGGGAGACUCAACUACCACAUCGGCAAUAGCAUCUAACGCAGACACAGCUACCACCACAUCGGAUACAACGUCUACAGCCGACUCAACUGGCACAUCGGAUACAACAUCUACGGCAGGCUUAACAGCCACAUAUGGCGGAACAUCUACCACGGACACAGUUGACACAACAUCGGAUAUAACGUCUGUGGUAGACUCAACUGCGAUAUCCGAACAGAGAAGCAGCAGAUCGAAUACAGCAUCUGCCGCAGACACAACUACUGGGCCUGAGCAGACAUCGACAACGCCGGUCACAACUACCACAUCUGGCGGAUCGUCCACAACGUCGGUCACAUCUUCGACAUAUGGGGGAACGUCCACAACGUCGGUCACAGCUACUACAUCUGGUCGAACAUCGACAACGUCGGCCACAACUACCACAUAUGGGGGGACGUCCACAACGUCGGUCACAACUACCACAUCUGGCGGAACCUCCACAACGUCGGUCACAGCUACUACAUCUGGUCGAACAUCGACAACGUCGGUCACAACUACCACAUAUGGGGGAACCUCCACAACGUCGGUCACGACUACCACAUCUGGCGGAACCUCGACAACGUCGGUCACAGCUAUUACAUCUGGUCGAACAGCGACAACGUCGAUUACAUCUACCACGUCUGGUGGAACAUCGUCAACGUCUACUGCGGCGAGAACUGUCACGUCUGUAGCGAUAGUCACAGGAACGACUUCGUCGACGAAGGGAACAACGACCGUUGGUUUAUUAACAUGUGAAGCCUGUACUAUUUCUUAUCGUACCGGGCUUCUUUUUAGCGUUAACGCUGGGUGUGGUUAUUAUUGUUCUAUGGGUUCUCUAAAGUAUGGAUGGUUUGGUGUGUAUCGUGCCGAUAUAGAGGACAAUGGACAAUGUCAGAAUAGUUCGAAUAAUUAUUGUUGUUGUAAAUGA